CAGCUGUCAUUGGGCACAAUGUCAGCCUCAGAGACAGACUGAUGUUCUCACUCACAAGAAACCCUGAGUGUUGUCGGAGCUGCCGACGUCCUCACGUGCUCAGUUAAUCAUCUGCCCACGCCAGGAUGCAGAGAAAUGUUUCCGCUUGUUUGUCAUCACCGCGUUCUCUCCUGACUGGUGGAUGUUAGACGCCGCCGCCGAUUGUUUUUCAAGUUUUGACCUGUCGCUUCCGUCUUUUUGACAGUGCGAUAUCAAAGUGUGAUUUUUUUUCUUCUUCUUCUCCUUCUUCCUCUCUCCUCGGGAAGCGCCUGGUGAUCAUUUUGUGGCCACACGCAGUAAUGCGAGCAGAGGGGCUGGAGGCUGGCGGAGACCGGGACUGAUCUUCACACACACCGUGCGCGUCUCUUUUCUUUCUUUGGACACAUCUCGGAGAGAUAACUGUGGUUUGGCUUCCUCAGCCCGCGCUCUCUUCUUGGCAUUGCGAUGUCCACAAGGAAGACAUCGUUGACGGACAAGCAGGCUAAAAACGGGACGUCAAAAUAUGUGUUGGAGAGAUGCGCUUCUAUUAACGAGUAUUAUGAUAUUGCCUUCAAGGUGAUGCUGCUGGGAGACUCGUCUGUGGGGAAGACAUGCGUCUUGGUGCGCUUUAAAGAUGGGGCAUUUCUGGGAGGCAACUUUAUAGCCACCGUUGGAAUAGACUUUAGGAAUAAAGUGGUGGAUGUCGACAACCUCAAAGUCAAACUCCAGAUCUGGGAUACAGCUGGCCAAGAGAGAUUCCGAAGCGUAACGCACGCCUACUACAGAGAUGCCCAGGCGUUACUUCUGCUUUAUGAUAUCACCAGCAAGAUGUCGUUUGACAAUAUCAGGGCUUGGCUGACUGAAAUACAUGAGUAUGCCCAGAAGGAUGUGGUCAUCAUGUUGCUCGGCAACAAGUCAGACAUGGCUGCAGAGAGGGUCGUGAAGACGGAGGACGGAGAGAAGCUGGCAAAGGAAUAUGGUGUACCAUUUAUGGAGACGAGUGCGAAGACAGGAGUCAAUGUGGAGCUGGCCUUUCUCGCUAUAGCAAAGGAGCUGAAGCACAGAGUGACACAGCAGCCAAAUGAGCCCAAGUUCCAGAUACACGACUACAUCGAGUCUCAGAAGCAAAAGUCUGGCUGCUGCGGCCAUAUGUAGCUGAUCCUGAUUACCAGGCAGAGAGAGACACACAGAGAGAGAUGGAGAGAGGGAGUUAGGAGUGGGAACGAGAUAAACAAAAAAAAAACAACAAAAAAACAAGAAGUCUGCUGUCUUAUGAAAAGCCAAUCCCAGCACCAAAUCUGAGAAGCGGACGACCUCGUCUUCUCCACUGAGCCUUUAGCUUGAAUGGAAAUCUGGAUUGGCUGCCAUCCCUUUUCUGAAAUGUGAAUUUAAAGCUCUUUUAUGUCAUGCGUAGAAAUGUUUGUGGUCUUUGUGGUGACAGUUGUAUCAAACUACAAGUCAGGAGUUACAAUUUGAAAUGCUAUAUCCAUCUGCAGGGACUAACAGAAAACAUUUGUCAUUCUACUCUCAUAGCUGCAAACUCAAAAUCCCUCAGUGUUGGAUUCAAGAUAUGGUUCCCUUGUGAUUUGUGUAGAUAUAGAGUUUUUUUAUUAUAUGGGUGAGGAAACAUCUGUGCUUUGCCUGGGCAGAAAUAUUGCACUCAAAACUACUCCCUCAAAGUCUGCUUGAAUCCACAGUGUCAGUACCAAAUAUCUAAAUAUCUUGUUCAGCUCUGAAUAAAGUACAAUUAUCAGCAGGCCAAAGGCUGAGAGGCAUUUCCAGCGUCAUUUCUCAGCACUUGCUAACACUGCCAGCAGGGGUCAGUAUCAAGCAGCAACCUCCAGGGCUGAAAAUUGCAGUCUCCCAUGAAUGCCACUCAGCCUUGCGUCCUAUUUUCCCCUGUGGCCACUCGUGGUAUUGCAGCAAAAAAAUCAAAAGACACAUCUGUAAAAUUGUUGACACCUUGAACUGCAAACAAGGUCAAUUAUGACCUUUUUGAUUAGGAAUUUUUGAUCCAUGAUGGUUUUAUAUUUGUAAAACUUUUCUCGAGCCAAAAAAAAAGUGAUUAAAAGAGAUUAAAAAACUGCACAUUUUGGUGAGAAGAAGUCAACCCAGAAGCUAGAAACUUUUCUUGAACAAUUAUCAUUGGACUGGAUAGGCACCAUCGUUGGGUCCUGUAUCUAGUCAUUACGAGAAAAUGAAGCCAACGCAGAAGUUCCAAAAACUGCACUUCCUUGAAGCUGGCUCCAACAGCGAAUCAAUCCCCAUAAACCCCAAUGUUAAAAUGCCAGAAAAAAAACAUGAUUACAGCCUGGUACAAAAAAUGGUUUUGGUCUCUUUAGCUAAUGUCCCUGCUCAUGACGAUUGUACUGGGGUUGAAUUUCUAUAUAACUCACCUGUUUAAAGUUCAACACACUUUAAGAGCUUGAUUCUACCUGGUUUUAACAUGUGUUGUGGUGAUCUGAACACAAGUGGACAGCCAAGACAGAUCUCUCUUCAUAUCUGUGUCUAUCAUGCAUCUCCAGGUGACCGAUUGUUUUCAGAUUUCGUUACUGCUUACGUCACUUAUUCUAGAGGGUAAAACAUCCCUGUGCACAUCUUAAGUGCUACAUUGUAGGCAGCUGGACUUGCUUGAGUCUCUUGAAGACGUUUCGCCUCUCAUCUAAGAGGCUUUUUCAGUUCUAACGGACUGAUGCAGAGUUGCAGGCUUUAAACUGUGUGUGAGUGUGAGCCCUUGCAGAGUCAUUGAGGUCACAUGUGAGCUCAGAGUUUCAGAGUCAUUAGAGUCAGAUGGGUCCAGGUGCGAAUGGGUGUUAAGUCAUCUGGGGAGGAUCCCAAGACUGCAUUGUAUUGCAUUGUAUUGAGGAUCAUUCCAGUUUGACGUAGAUGGCUUCUUUCGCCCCUUUCAAAUCGUCUUCUCGGGCUAAGAUGUGUACAUUUCUGUCCCUGAAAGAAUAUCCCCUUUCCUUUAGAUGUACAGUAAAUGGACAGCCGAGUCUUGACCCAAGGAGCUGGCUCUCCUGUGCAGGGCCACGUGCCUGUGGAGUGGUUGUUUUGUCCAGUUGCCUACGAUAUAGCACUUACGAUUACCAUGACCUGGAUGACUGAGAAUCUUUACUAACAUGCCCUGUGCACAGUUAUUAUAUCCACACGUUGCUAGCUGCUGGCUAGCAUACUCGCUAGUCGCAUUAGCGGUUGUGUUGAUACAGCAGAAUUUAACACAUAGGGCGAAACGAUGGAUGGUCAUGCAACACUUCAUCCAACUAGUUGUAUAAUGAGCAAGUUAUAGAGCAUUAGCACGCUGUUACCAAAACAACCACAAUGUCCUCCACUGAGGAUGUAAUCCUGAUACGUGCUUAUCGGCGACACAUCAGGAUGUAUUAGCAUUUACACUACAAAAGAUAUGUGAUCAAGUGCGUCCCAGACCACCUGGUUUGAGUCAUUGAAUGCGCCGUCCACUUGUGAUCAGAUCACCCAGGAGGACGCAUGUUAGUACCAUCUAUAAACAAGCUCUAUGAGUCAGAUCCACCCCUCACUCCUCUACAGCUUGCCUAAAUAAGGUCACUUCUGCCUCCAUAAAAAAACAAGAUGCCAAACUUGAGGACCUCAUCAAAAUAGGAGUCCAGAAACCAGUGGGUGACGUCACGGUGGCUACGUCCAUUAUUUUUAUAUGUAAUAGACCAUGGAGUCUUGUCCUGUUUUGUCAGGGUUAGGGAGAGCAAAGAGAAUUAUAUAAUAAUUAUAAUUCUAAAUACAAACAAAAGGACUUCAUUAACAUCAUAGGCCAACAAGAAUUUAAGUGAUAAUGUGUACAGCGCAUAAAAAUAUUUAGUAUAUAGUUUCUAUUUAAUUACAGCAGGACCCUGCUUGACCUCAUGUUUGUAAUGAAACAGUUUCAGUUGCUGAGCUUCAGUGACCUAGUCCAAAGUGACUUAACUACUUCAGCUUUGUCUGGCCCAGCUCAAAGCGGCGCAUCACAAAGUGAAGUUCGGCCAUAUUCUCAGAACAGUCGCCUUUUUCAUGCUGCAGUUUGCAGGCCUGACUCUUGAUAAAUGGCAGUUUUUAUAUAAACAGUGAAUAAGACUGUUGUUGUGGAUAUAGCAUUUUGCCAUGCAGCUCUUAGUUUGUUUCCAUCCCUGUUUAACCAGGCUGUGAACUGAAUCCCUUUUGGCCUUACAGUCUUCAUCAUUCUUCUUUGAUAAUUCAGUGUGUUUGAGAAGUGGACUUCAGUCUCACAGUCAGAUUGUAGCUAUAAUGAUCCCGUCUGUUCACAUCUGUACUGCUGUUAGAUAGAAUAAAGCCAACUUUUCGAGGGCGCUCGCCCACUGUGUGUCUGUCUGUACAUUCAAUUCAGGGCCAGUGAAACGUCAUUCCAAGUACUGUACAUGUAAAUGUGCUGGAGCAUCAUCCCACUGCUGCACUAGGCUUCAUACAAAGAGAUAAUUAUCACUAUUUUCACAUCUUUGGUUUGAGUUUCCUCAGCAUGCUAUCUGCCUUUCACACACACAGAUGCUCACAGCACUCCCAAACAUUCUUGUGUCUCCUUUAACGAUGGAUGUUGUUGUCUAGGCUGUACCGAAGCUGUAUUUGUUCAUGCACCGCAUCGUGUAACUCGUUUCUUUGUACAAUGUUCAUUAUGAAUGUUUGCUUGUCGAACUUGCUCAAUGUCACAUUUGUCCCUCUUCUUCUGAGACGUCACGGUGAUCACAAAGUGCCAUGAAAAAGUGCUUUGUUAUCAUAUUAUAUAUAAAAAGUAUAUUUUGUAA